CCAUUAAAUUCACUUGAACUAAAAUCUUUCUCUUUCGUGAUAAGCAUAAGUGCUGAGUUCGUAAAGUGGAAUUGGAUAUUCGCUUCCUUUAACCCCUCAUCACCUAACCAAGGCUUUAUGUUUAUCUAUUUCUCCAUUAAAAUACACUUUCUUAUGUAUACAAUUUAUAAUAAAAUCAUAAAAACUAGGUAUCAACAAUGCCCGUAUAUUAAAUAUACAUUAUCCCACCACCAACAUAGCUUCUUUCCUAAUACAUUUUUACUAUGUACUAUUUGAAAUUAAAAAUCAAUUAGCUAAAUUUAAUAUCUUCC